GUCCCCGAGAGGCGGCUCAGAGCGGAGAGCGGAGCUAGGAGGCACUGCUGGCAGGGCCCAUGGCUGACCCGAACACCAUUCAGACUGGUCAGAAGGAGCACAUGGAACGAGGGUUACCUUCGCAAAUGAAACGGAACUUCAACGGUUGCUCUUUUUCUGGAAAAUCUUUCUACCUGGAUCUUCCGCCCAAUAAGAAAACGGAGAUUCUCACUAAAGCCAUCGUUCAAUUGGGAGGGGUCAUCGAGAGCUUCCUGAGCAGGGAUAUCACCUAUGUGGUGACUGGGAACAAAAAGUUGUCCGGAUACGCCAGCAAGGACUCUGCAGCAACUAAAGGAACAUCUAACUCCAGAUGUCAGACCAGUGGAGGGAUCGAGUCUGCUCAGUAUAGCCGCGGGAAACAACUGUUGAAAAAGGCGAUGCAGAGUCAGGAGCGGAAUAAUGUCCUCACAAAUGCCUGUUCUUGGGGCGUCUCCAUUGUCCAUGUGGAUGAGAUCUUGGAGUAUAUUGAGUGUUUGGGACGUCAUUCUACAAAUGGGAUCAACACCAAAGCCAAUAAGGGGAAAGGAAAUGGCUGCACGAAACCAAGUCAUAAAGUUGCGAAGUUGAAGAGCCCGUUUUUGAAGAUUGAAGACCACAGCAGACGGUAUCGACCUAUACAUUCUACGUUCUCGAACUUUCCUGAAAUUUCAUUUGUGUCUUCGGAUAGAAGCCCUUUUCAGACAGCCCAGACACACAACAGUACCCGCCCGGGUCGGGACCCAGGUGAACAGGAGGAAGGGGAGAGAGUACCCCAGGCUCAGAGGAGGAGAGGCUACUGUGAAUGCUGUGAAAAGAUGUUCUCAAAACUUGAUGAGCACCUGGCCGGUGAACAGCACUGCAAUUUUGCUUUGAAUCCUUCGCAUUACACCGUUAUCGAGAACUUGGUGGCUAGGCUCUCUUUUGAUUUUCUGGAACUGCCUCGUGGGGUCGUACCUUCUAUGGAUUGUAGAUCAGAACAAGGCGAACUGGAAUGGCCCAGUCUAGAAACAGAACAGACUUUGAAGGAGGGAACAACUCUGGAACCUGUGCGGGAAAUCUAUGUGAGCAAGGCUGCUGUUGAAGACAUUUGUCCAGAAGUGGCUCCGAUUGAUCAGCCUGUUUAUGAAAAGUUGGAAGAAGCAGCUGUGCUAAACUGGAAUGUUAUGGAAUUGGUGAAUGUCGAGCUUGAGGCUAAUUCCACACAAUUUGCAGAGCUCUUUACACAGACCAUGGAUGGUGCUGGUGCUUCUGUGGAGUUCCAGGACCAUAAUAUGGUUGUCCAGGCAAAGCGGACGGAAGAUAAUAUUGAAAGCAAGUUACACACUCCUUGUUCUAAUGAAAACCCGGAAGACUCCAAACUACCGUUGACUUUCUUAGAUUUGCAGCCACCAGUGCUCUCCUUUCCUCUGGGUAAUACCAUUGCCCCAUCAUUUGUCCGCAUGCUGCUAGAGGAUGAUGCAGCUGUGCACAAACGGCCACAAAUAGAUCCUGCCGUUGAUUCUAAGACUGAUUUGACGACAGAACCGUUGCUAAGUGUUUUGGGUAACUCGCAUACAUAUUUGGGCAAUGCCUGGGCUCUGAACCAGCUUGGAUUUCCUACAUGGUACCAAAAUCAAGGAGAGCAUCAGUUUACUUCCAUCUGUAAACCUUUUGACCCUUUGAUAUUGUCACCGCUACCUUGCGGGAGUUGGUUAUUACCACUUACACCCACCUCUCAGCCCGCGUCAAAUGAGACUGUUAAAAGUACAGAGACCUCACAGGACGUGGAGCCACUGGUGACAAGGACAUAUUGUCGCAAAACCAAGCGUAAGUUCUGUGGAUCUCCAUACCCCCCUCCUGCUAAAAGGCAGUCGUAUACAUGCCAGCCUGCUUAUACGCAGACUGUGGCAAUUCCAAUGUUUAUGGGACUAUGGAAUGGUGGAGAUCAGAUACCAAUCCCGGUCUGGGCAGAUUGGACUAAGUGGGACAACAAUGAACUCGCAGGCGGUUCGUCCACUCACAGCUUCCCUUGCUUUCAGCCCAAAUUGGACACAGAUAAUGUUUCAUCAGAAUUAGACUGGGAUGUUCUGCUGCCCUCUUGUCAGAAUCCACCCCAACAGAAUCAACACUACGGGCAUCUCCGGACUGUCCAAGUGGACCUUAACCAGAGCUGGUACGGGAAACAACUAUGCUCCGUGCUGGCUGACAACCAAACUCCAAUUACAACACACUGUGUCACUGUCAGACCCACCUUAUAGCUUUACGACCGUGAGGUUUGGCAUCUUGACAAGACUUUACGUUUAAUGUGAAUCAGUACAAAACUGAUCUGUCUGCUUGGUGGCUGCCCUUCUCGCUGGUUCACAUUCUUAGAUUUUGCUUUGAGCCAGUGUUUCUUUUUGACCUGUCUGUCAUUGUUGUGUUUUUUUUUAUUUUUUUUAUUUUACCCUUCACCCCCCCAUCCUUCAUCUAAGGUUUACUCCUCCUCCUUCCGCCUGCAGACCCCACUGUUCUUCUGGGAUUGAUGCCAGCGUGCCUCCAGCUCUUACCCAGAGCUCUUAACUGCAUCUUAAUGACUCUUAAUGGGAUGUAUAAGUUUUAGACGGAGUUUAAAUGCUUGUGUAUAGAUGCUGCCAGGAGUGGGAGACUCUGAACACAUCCUGUUCCCAAAAGCAAGAACUGUCAGCAAAAAUUAAUAAGGGGUUCUUCUAUGUCCUUUAAUUGAAAAGUGAUCAACUGACAUGACAUGUAUGGCCAUUUAAAUGUUGGAUGUGUUUACACGAUGCUCGGUUUCAGACAUUCUAUUAGUGUGCACAUGUCACUAAAGAACUUCGUGGUUUUUUUUUUUUUUAUUGAAUUAAAAUAACACCCCAGGCACCAUAACUACUAAAGUGCACUGUAAUGGAGAGUCGCAAGGGCACACUGGCACCAUAGUCAAACCAUUUUAGAACAGUCUGAUUUCUUACCUGAUGUCUGCCGUGUCCCACUACCCACCUCCACUACAUCAUUCGGAAGUUCCAUUAGUUCUCCUGGGUUAAUCACUGCACUAUCGACCCUAGCUCAGUGAGCUUCCAACUUUCUAUCGGAAGUAGCGGGAGAUGCUAAGGCACUCCUGGCACCAUAACCACUAUAGUGUGCAGUAGUACCCAUUUUU